UAGAAUAAAAUAAGUGUAGCAAGCAAGCUGUAGCAAAUUUUUUUGAGGUUUUUGUUUUGUGUCGUUUAUUCAGUUAUGCCUAUCGUAAAUAUAUAAAAUUCGGAGUCUAGUAAUAAAAAUAUUGGAAAUGCAGUCAUCAAUGACAUGUAAAGGCUGCUUACCAUAAAGUAACGACAAGAAUAGGAAUAUAGCGGCUUACAUAUUUAAAGAAGUGUAACUAAUUCAAACACCAUGGAGAAGUCUCAGAAAAUGCCAAAAGUUGCUAAGGUUAAGAAUAAAGCGCCUGCUGAAAUUCAAAUAACAGCAGAACAGCUUUUGCGGGAGGCUAAAGAAAGAGAUCUUGAGAUUUUACCUCCGCCACCAAAACAAAAAAUUUCUGAUCCUCAUGAAUUAGCUGAUUAUCAACAUCGUAAGCGCAAAGCUUUUGAAGACAAUAUCCGCAAGAAUCGUAUGGUAAUCUCAAAUUGGAUAAAGUAUGCUCAGUGGGAAGAAAGUCAGAAGCAGAUACAAAGGGCACGCUCUAUCUAUGAGCGAGCAUUAGAUGUAGAUCACAGAAACAUUACAUUAUGGCUGAAGUACACAGAGAUGGAAAUGCGAAAUCGUCAAGUAAACCAUGCCAGAAAUUUAUGGGACCGUGCAGUUACUAUAUUGCCUAGAGCAAAUCAAUUCUGGUAUAAAUAUACUUAUAUGGAAGAAAUGUUAGAAAAUAUUGCCGGUGCACGUCAAGUAUUCGAAAGGUGGAUGGAAUGGGAACCUGAUGAACAGGCUUGGCAAACGUACAUUAAGUUCGAAUUGAGGUACAAAGAAAUACAAAGAGCCAGACAAAUUUAUGAGACAUUUGUGAUGGUUCACCCCGAUGUUAAACAUUGGAUAAAGUAUGCACGGUUUGAGGAAUCGCACGGAUUCAUAAAUGGAGCUCGUAGUGUUUAUGAGAGAGCUAUUAACUUCUACGGUGAUGAAAGUUUGGAUGAAAAGUUGUUUAUUGCAUUUGCGAAAUUUGAAGAAGGACAAAGAGAGCAUGAUCGAGCCAGAGUAAUUUACAAAUAUGCAUUGGAUCAUAUUCCAAAAGAGAAGACACAAGAAAUUUAUAAAGCAUAUACCAUACAUGAAAAGAAAUAUGGAGAUCGCUCAGGUAUUGAGGAUGUAAUUGUCAGCAAAAGGAAGUAUCAAUAUGAGCAAGAAGUAAACGAAAAUCCUUCGAAUUAUGAUGCUUGGUUUGACUACUUGAGAUUAGUGGAGUCUGAAGGAAAUGUAGAUAUUAUCAGAGAAACUUACGAACGGGCUAUAGCUAAUGUACCUCCGACCAAAGAAAAACAGUUUUGGAGAAGAUACAUUUAUCUUUGGAUAAACUAUGCUCUUUUUGAAGAACUCGAUACUGAAGAUAUAGAAAGAUGUCGACAGGUCUACAGGGCAUGUUUAGAGUUAAUACCUCAUAAACAUUUCACUUUUUCAAAAAUUUGGCUGCUCUAUGCGUAUUUCGAGAUAAGACAAAAAAAUUUAACAGCGGCUAGAAAAACGUUGGGUAUGGCAUUAGGUAUUUCUUCUAGAGACAAAUUAUACCGUGGAUACAUCGACUUAGAAAUACAAUUGAGAGAAUUCGAUAGAUGUAGAAUUUUAUACCAAAAGUUUCUCGAAUUUGGUCCAGAGAAUUGCACUACAUGGAUGAAAUUUGCAGAGUUGGAAACACUUUUAGGUGAUGUAGAGCGUGCUAGAGCUAUUUACGAAUUAGCUAUAUCGCAGCCUAGAUUGGACAUGCCGGAACUUCUAUGGAAGUCCUAUAUUGAUUUUGAAAUAGCGCAGGAUGAAACAGAAAAUGCAAGACAAUUAUUUGAAAGAUUGAUAGAACGUACGCUUCACGUGAAGGUCUGGAUCGCGUAUGCCAAAUUUGAAUUAUAUCAAGUGGUGAUAAAGAAAGCAGAGCGCUGCUUUUAG